AUGAUUAAGGACGGAUGGUUAAAUGGACCUCUCCACAUUCCCAAUGAUCCAGCGAUGGCGAGAAUCGGUGGCAAGAAAAAUGCGAGAUACGACAGUUGCCGUUUCUCGACAUUCUAUGCUGCAAGCAUCGGAAGAAAGUCUCAUCAGUUACAUCGCAAAAAGAUUGGCUAUAUUGUCCAUGCCUAUUGCUGGGUGCUCUUUGAGUGGGUCCUGGGAACAAACCUCACCAAGCGCAAUCUCACAAAAUUUAUCCGAACUUCCCGAAAGUAUUGGCGUAAAAACGAAUCGUGGGAGUUAAGUGACGAUGAUAUUUAUUUGGUCGAGCCGACUCAGUUUCUACCGACUCUUGAGUGGGGCUGUGAUAUUUACCAAAAUCCCCUUAUUAUACCCGCGGUUCAGAAAGCGAUUGAGGUUGCCAAAGUCGAAGCCGAACAUUCCAAAUUUUACUUCAGGAAUUUCAGCUUCCCAUUAGAAAUUUCUCUUCUUAUCUCUGAGUGUGUUUGCCCUAUCAAUCAUACUGAAAAUGAUAUCAAGGACAUCAAAAAUUUGCUGUUGACAUUUCAAUGGCAGUUGCCGGACUUCUUCUGGCGGCUAAGAUUGAACGAAGACCUAUUCAUUGAGCUAGGGGAGCUCAAGAAGACUAAAUCUUCGGUGGAUUGGCAAGUGUUACGUCUAGGCUUAAUGAGUCUUGUGGCAAAUCGGAAGUGGUACGUUUCCAGCGGUCUGGGAAAUCGGGAGAGGGUGCUCGGAAUUAUGGUUGAAAUCAAGAAGGGUUACUUGGAAAGGUCCUGA